GAUCAGGAUGGCACAUCAACGUCAGUUAGAGAAGGAAAAAUACAGACAGUGGGUAAAGGCUGGUUUAGGACUUGGAUAUUUAAAGGAGGGACUGGCACCAUUCUGUAAUGACAUAGCUGACCAACAGUAUAAGGAUAUCUUACAAAACAUUCGGUCUAAAAAAUCUCUAUCAUCAACUGUGACGUGUGGCAGCUGUCGGUUUGAAACUCUCAAGCCAGACCAUAAGCCAGUAGGAAAUGGUAAAAACAAAGUUUGUCCUCUUAGGCAAGUAAAUUGCAGAUGUUGCUUUAAAGGCAAAAUUUGUCCAAACAACAUAUGUGGUGCCAUCUAUGACAGCAUUAUACAGUAUCAUGCAUCAAUACCACCUGCACCUUUUUGGAAAAACAGUGAUGUCCAACAGUGGUCAACAGACCAUUGGGACGUUUGCAAAUGUUUUAUAAAUGCUCCUGGGUACAAGGACAAGACAUCAGCAGCCGACACGGAUUGUACAGGAUUGCUUCAUGUUAUCAUAAAUAACACAUACUUUCAUAGUCAUAUUAGAUGCAAUGUUACAGGACCAAACAAUCUUUUUUUAAAGGUACGGCAGUAUCGAAAUGAGAUUUUUCACUCUAGUAGUAUGGAAUUAGAGGAGAGUAAGGCUAAUUGUUAUAUUGAUGGCAUGAUAGCUGUUCUUCAAGAUGACCAGGAGCUUGUACAUCGACAAGAUGCACAACAAGCUGUUGGGAAACUUCAAGAUCUGAAGAAAAAGGACUUCAUUAUUACUACUGAAGGCUUUGAAGAUAUCCUGAGGCAAAUCAAGGAUGAAAUGGCAACAGUUUUGAAGUCAACAGAAAAUGCUGCAACUAAAGAAGAAUAUGAGGACCUAAAGAAUAAACUUUCAGAGGGAAAAGUUGAGACUGAAAACAAACUUGCAGAUCUUGAGAAACAGAUUUCUGAAGAAAAGAAAGGACAACUAGAGGCUGAGAAAGAGUAUGCAGAUUUAAAAAAGAAAUUAACUGUUCUUGAGACAAUAAUGAAAGAGCAAAAAGAGCUUUGCUCAGUUAUAAAAAGUCUCGCAAAAGUUCUAAUUAAUUUUUCACUUAUAUCUAACAUAGAAACUGGUUACCUCAAACUCGACCAGUAUAAGGCACUUGUAUGUGACUUAUAUGAUGGGGAAAAAUGGCUAAAAGUGACUUAUAUGUACCAUAUACCUAUAAAACUGACUUAG